AUGCUGGUAACGUCAUUAAAUGUUCUGCUGUUCUACCGGCUGGUCGUCUCCUUGGCUUCUGUCCUCAGAUCUGCACACGCUGGACCACGACAUGGUGGCAGCGGUCAGUGGCUACUGAUCCCACGUCUCAGCCUACAAUACUGCCGCGAGUUGCUGGCGCAGCACUUCUGCAUACCCAUGUCGAACGACGAGCCGACUCCGGGAACUUCUGCCACGUCGACGGUACCGCACACGUCCUCCUCCUUCAACCCCUUCGCGAUCGAACUCCCCGAGCGGUUCGACUUCCGCCACCCCGAGAGUUGGAAACGGUGGAUUGUGAGGUGGGAGCGGUACCGCGUCAUAUCGGGCCUCCAGAACCAGAAUGCCGACACGCAGAUCAAUACGUUUCUGUACGCCAUGGGAAGCGAAGCGGAGGACGUCCUGGUCUCUCUACGUCUCGACGAUGAGGAAGCAAAGGACUACAACAAGCUGAAGUCGCGUUUCGAGAAGCACUUCAUUCCGAGGCGCAACGUCAUUUUCGAACGCGCGCGCUUCAACCAGCGCAGCCAGCUAGAACAUGAGGCCGUCGAGGAAUUCGUGACGGAUUUACAUCGUCUGGCAGAGAGCUGCGACUUCGGAUCCCUGAAGGACGAACUUAUCCGAGACCGGUUAGUAGUCGGACUCCGGGACAAGAAUUUGAGCGAGAAGCUUCAGUUGGACGCUAAUCUGACUUUGGAGAAAGCAGUCAACACGGCUCGCCAGUCGGAAACGGUGAAGGGCCAACAGCCUGUUGUUCGGGGAAAUGGUCUGUCUUCCUCGACAACCACGCCUGCGCUGGACGCGGUAACUCAACAUCCCUGCCAGGGAACCAACAACUCUCGACGGACUCGCCGACCCACCCCUCGUCACUCAGCUGGGCAAAGCGUUCAGCAACGGAGCGCCUGCCGAUGGUGUGGGUCAGCGCAGCCACACGAAAGAGCACAGUGUCCGGCACAAGGGAAGCAGUGCAUCCUUUGCCAGAAGCUUGGACAUUUCGCAACGGUCUGCCAGUCGCGAAAGACCAACGAGCCAGGGAAACAGUCCCGCGCAAAGCGUCCUGGCCCCUCUCGGGGACCAACUCCCAAGACCGUCUUGGAGGAAGUCUUCUUAGGCACGAUCAGCAACAAGUCACCCACCACUGAUCCCUGGUUUAUCACAGCGCGGGUCCAGGAAACCGACAUCCGGUUUAAAGUGGAUACAGGAGCGGAUGUGACAGCUAUACCGGCAUCAGCUCUGCCGCCCAAGGAUCUGUCGUGCGUGACACGGCCUACUAAGGUGCUAUACGGGCCGGGAAGGUCGAAGAUCGACACAGUGGGACAGCUCAAAGUCGACAUAACAUGGAAUGGACGGACAACCCGUCAGGACGUUUUUGUCGUCCGACACCUACAGCAUACGCUUCUCGGGCGUCCGGCCAUCCAGUCACUCAACGUGCUCCCGCAAAUACUGGCAGUGGAAGAAAGCUCUACAAGCGACCCCAUUGCAUCCAAGUACAAGAAGUUGUUCGGACCGUUAGGCCAUAUGAAUACGGCAUACGACAUCAAGCUAGUCGCAGGUGCAAAGCCACACGCAGUGAAUUAUCCCAGGAGGGUGCCCAUCCCCCUGUUGCCCAGCGUGCAGGCAGAAUUAAAGCGGAUGGAGGGUCUCGGAGUUAUCCACCAAGUCGACCGCCCUACAGCUUGGUGUGCGCCGAUGGUCGUAGCAAAGAAGAAGGAUGGGAAACUGCGCAUCUGCGUAGACUACGCAGAACUGAACAAACAAGUCAUGCGCGAGAGGCUUAUCAUGCCAACGGUGGAGGAGAAUUUAUGCCAUAUCAGCGGUGCCAAGCUCUUCAGCAAGCUUGACGCAAACGCAGGGUAUUGGCAGGUGCCACUUUCCCCACCAAGCUCCGAGUUGACCACGUUCAUCACGCCGUUCGGGCGAUACAGGUUUCUGCGACUGCCGUUCGGAAUCUCCACAGCGCCCGAAUUUUUCCAGAGGGAGAUGCUACGCAUCUUGGAGGGCUUGGAAGGCACGUCCUGCCAUAUGGACGACAUUCUGAUCUACGGCAAAGACCAAGCCGAACACGACCAGCGCCUGGAAGCCGUGCUGAAGACGCUAGCCAAAGCGGGUGUGACACUCAACCCACAAAAGUGUCAGUUUCGAAAAACCAGGAUAGAGUUCCUCGGCCACAUCCUGGAUGCAGAGGGUAUAUCCGCGGACCCUGCGAAAACAGAGGCAGUUCGUCGUCUGCCACCGCCGAGAAAUGUAGCGGAGCUACGAUCAUUUUUCGGCAUGGUGAACCACCUCAUGAAGUCCCUACCUGGGCUAGCGGAGAAGACCAAGCCAUUACGCGACCUCCUGUCGCAGGACGCUGCGUGGCUGUGGAGCCCUCGACAACAACAAGCGUUUGAGAGCAUUAAGGACGACCUCACAAGAACGCCGGUCCUCGCCUUUUACUCGCCGGAACGGCCAAUCACACUAUCUGUCGACGCAUCGUCCUAUGGCCUCGGCGCAGUACUGCUGCAGGAAGAGACAGACGGACAUCGGCGUCCAGUCGCGUACGCAUCACGGGCAUUGAGCGAGGCAGAACAGCGCUACGCCCAAGUGGAAAAAGAAGCACUUGCAAUCGUCUGGGCAUGCGACAAAUUUCGCAUGUACGUCUUGGGGCUGCAGUUUCACGUCGAGACGGACCACAAGCCGCUGGUGCCGAUCUUCUCGGCGAAGAGGUUGGACGAGCUGACCCCUCGCCUCCAGCGCUUGCGGCUCCGUACGUUGGAGUACGACUUCACCAUCACGCACGUACCGGGGAAGCAGCUUUUCACAGCCGACGUACUCUCCAGAAACCCCUUGACGAGCAACUGGGCCGAGGACUUUACUCUCGCAAGGGAACUCAAAGAAUACGAGGCUCUCGCUCUGGAUCUACUGCCUGCUUCGUCCGACAUGCUGACACGCAUAAGGGAAUCGCUACCGCAAGACGCAACACUCAGCCUCGUGAUGGAGUACUGCAGCACGCAGUGGCCGUCAGUAACCGUCCUCACCGAAGAGUGCCGAAAAUACGUCACCGUGGCCGAUGAACUGGCACCGAUCGACGGCCUCCUGCUGAGAGGAACUCGGCUUGUCAUUCCGGCAGCGCUUCGACACGAGGUGAUGACCCAUCUGCACACCGGCCACCAAGGCAUUACGAGGUGCCGGGCAAGAGCUAGGGAAGCUGCAUGGUGGCCGGGCAUCAGUCAGCACCUUCAUGACUUCAUCAAGAGGUGUCCCAUCUGCCAGAUGCACAGAAAGCCCACAACAGAACCCUUGCUUCAAACGCCUCUACCAGAACGGCCGUGGCAGGUGAUUGGCAUGGAUAUAUUCCACGAAAAUCGACAAAACUACCUUGUGGUCGUAGACUACUUCUCAAAGUUUUUCGAGGUCUCACACCUCAGAACGACCACAUCGUCGGACUUGAUUGCAGAGCUCAGACCAAUGUUCGCUCGCUACGGCAUGCCAGAAGUGGUACGCUCAGACAAUGGGCCCCAGUUUCCAUCAUCCGAAUUUCGACGGUUCCUGGCAGCGUGCGGGAGUACGCACAUAACAUCCAGCCCAUACUACCCACAAAGCAAUGGACAAGCUGAGCGCUCUGUGCAAACUGCAAAGUCCCUCAUGGCGAGGUCGCCGGACUUGCAUCAAGCACUACUCGCUUACCGCACAACGCCGGGUGCAUGCGGUUACACGCCAGCUGAACUACUGAUGGGACGCCAGCUCCGUUCCAAUGUACCUGUCCUGCCUACUACGCUGACUCCUUCAUGGCCACACCUGCGGAAGUACCGCCGGAGGUACAAACGGGAGCAAGCCGUUCGUGCGGCUUCCUAUAACAAGCGACACCGGACCAAGGAGCGCCCGGAGCUACGUAGCAACACGGCAGUGCGAAUCUUCGCAGGGGCAGCAGCGCACGGAACUGUCUGCACUGAGGGACCAACGCCAAGGUCGUAUAUGGUCCAGACUUCGUCGGGGGUAACCAGACGGACGAAGCAACAUCUUCAGGAGGGGGCGAUGGCACAGCCGACGACGUUGAAGCCACCGGUACCGCCUCAGAAAAGUAUAGGUACCACGCGGUACGGUCGAACUGUGAAGCAGCCUGAUCGCUACGGCUACUAG